CCUUCUUUCCUCCCUCAUUUCCCCCUUUCCUUCCUUGCAGGGCAUUUGUUCGCCACCCUUUUGGCGCGGAAAGGAUGUCCCGCAUCCCUUUGGGAAAAGUCCUCUUGCGGAAUGUCAUUCGCCACACGGACGCGCACAACAAGAUUCAGGAAGAGUCAGAAAUGUGGAAGAUACGGGAGAUGGAAAAGCAGAGCCAAGAGAUACACGAGAGGACUCUUCCGAAUAGUUCCAGCCGGAUGCGUAGCGAUGGGUUUGAUGAGGAGAGCCAGCAGGCCACCUGGAGGGCAAGGAACGUGCCGGUUAUGGCAGUGACCAUUGAAGAUGACCUUCGCCACGCCCGGUACUGGAACAAGAAACUCUACGAAUGCGAAGCCAACAUGCCAGACAGAUGGGGCCACAGUGGCUAUAAAGAGUUGUAUCCAGAAGAAUUUGAUACAGACAGUGACCAGGAGCCAGAUGAACAAAACUCUGUGAAUGGGAAAAGAAAAACUCAGUCAGACAAACAGUCUUCUGUGAAGCUGCAUAAAAGGAAAAAGGCCAAAAAGUCGCACAAGAAGAAGCAGAAAAAGAAAUCUCACAAGAAGAAAAAGAAGAGGAGACGAGAGCCACUAAGCACGGUGGCAGGUUCUUCCCAGGAGUCUGAAUGUUCGGAGGGAGAGCCCACCAAGGGGAGGAAGCAGCGCCACACAAAGGGCAAGAAGGCGUCAGCCGAGCCUCCCGCCUCCUCCCUGGGGCCAGGCAGCGGCUCUAGCAAAGUUAGCAGCUGCUGCUCCAGCCAUUCCAGGGACAGUGACUCAGAGAAGGAGCCGGCAAAGAAGAGGAGGAAACGUCACGCUUCCCUGUCCGAAAGAGCGGGGGAAAGGGCGCCGGAGAAGCGCAGCAAGAGGAAGAACUGGAAAGUGGCGGCUGAUGAGAAUUCCGAGGACAGCUCAGAGGAGGAUUAGGACCAAGCACGGGGCAGGCUGAUUGGCUCUGAGACAGAGCUUUCCUCCAGACACAGCCCUGCUUGGAACGAACUUGGAUUUGGUUCCACCGGCAGGGGCGGGGGGUCAUUUUGGUUUCCCACGGGCCAGAAAACAGAGGCUUAGAUUCCUUUGGCCCGCCCCGGAUUCCACCCGGACAGUCCUUUUGUUCACAUCAGGAUGAACCUUUCAAUUGCAAAGUUCUGCUCUUGAAGAUGGCAGGAACAGUGGAUGAUUUCGGCUCCACUUUUCCUUUAAAAAACACCUGGAAUUUAUUUUUUAAUUGCUAAGAUCUACAGUUGAAUUGCAAUAAAGCAUGAGGGAGGGAGGUGAGAUGUCCCCCAAGCAGGCAGGCAGAUAUUGCUCUCUGAUUUGAACGUGUCCUCUCCUGUAGAGAGCUACAUGGUAAGGGACAGACUGGUUCAGAGAAAACCACACACCCCACUGUAACGGACUAGUCAUCUUGUGAAGAAAUGGAGACUACUGCCUCUCCAUACCUGGAAGAAUGCUGGUCAUCCUAUCCAUUAACUUGCCAUUGUUACUAGAUCAUGGUCUCCAAGCAUCCCUCCUUGUUUUGGCUGGAUGAGUCCUCUUCUUAAAUUAUCUCUUGCUGCAAGAAGUUAAUGCCAGAGAAAACGGAGCGAAGGCAGAGGGCUCGGCUUCUUGUAGCCAUUGCUUAUGCAGUGAAUAGGAUGAGCAGCGGGAGAGGAACUAUUAUCUUUUGUGUGCAGUAUCACUAGAUUAACAUUUAAGAUACAGAAUUGCAGCCUUAAAGAGUUAUGUUGUGGGUUGGAUUUUUUUUUUUUUUUUGCAAAGCUCUUCAUGGCUCUCUAAUGCCUGUUAGGUGGCCAUAAGAGGGCCGUGGAAGGACUCACUAAAGUACACUCCCAGCGUGUAGCCCAAAUCACACCUGCUUCCUACCUCCCCAGAUACUGCUGUGAAUUGCAGUUCUGCAAAAGAGACGGGGCUCCCUGGCAGAGUCCAAAGCUUCCUUAACACACUGUACUUCACAAAAUAUGGGGGAAGCCAUGCACUUCACAAAGUAAGAAAUUUGCUAUAUAAUGCCUUUACUCAUCAAAAAGUAUGCUAAGCAGGACUGUUGAAAACCUACCGCAGAACUGUUCCCUGUUGCUGCCCAUCCCUAUUUUUCCUUCAAAGUGUCAUAAAAUACUUCAACAUUCUGCCAGAGCUUUGUUUUUAACAUUUUUUUUUCCUGGUCUCCCCAAACAAAAUUGUCCAUCAAAUGGCCAUGAAAUGAUCCUGUUCUAAAGGUUAGAAUGACAUGCUUUUGGGGUUUUUUUUUGUCCUUUAUGGCACAGGGAUAUAAAAUGUAUUUUUGGAAAUAAUUUGUUGCUAUGAGAAGCAAAGCCAUUGAAGUUAUUUCUAUGAAAAUCAAAAAACCUAUUUUUUUAUACAUGAAAAAUACUGGCAUGAAUCAGUUUAAAUGGCCUGCAAGAAUAAACAAUGUUGAUUUUAGCCAAAAA